AUGCCGGCGUCCGUCCUCGACCAGACGUUCAAGGUCGUCAAGGAGAACUUCUAUCACCUCUUCAAGGUGCAUGUGUUCUACCAGACGCCCAAGACCGCGCCCAAGCACAGGGUGAAAGAAACCUUGGAAAAGACUAAGGACCUUGUCAAGCUCUUCGACCGCUUCAAGGCUGAGCGCCACAAGCCCGAGACCGCGUGGAACAUUAUACUCAUGUCUAACACCACGAACAAUCGCCGACUCAACACGCUCUCAAUGAAGCUCGUCUGGAGACGACUUGUAUGGAAGCCACUUCCCUGGAACUUCGAGAAUUGUUCCAACUUUGGCUUGCAGUGCCAAGUCAUUGGACGUCUCUGGCGUUUGGGCCAGAAGGGGGAGGUGUCCUGGAAAAUCCUCCAAACCCAGUCUACUUUUGACCCCUGGCUUAAGACCAAGAACAUGAGGGCGUACGUGAGCACCGUCGAGGCGGAGGCUGCAAUCGAUGCUCGCAUCACUACAUCUAGUCGGCUUUUCAACGCCGACGCCAGAGCCGGUGCCAACGAAGAGAGCGCCAAAGCUCUCGGCGACAGUCAGCUUUCAGAUGACUCUUGCACCCAAGGCGACUGCGAAUUUUGCGAGCUGGCUGACGAAACUGUCACUACGAUCGACUCUGAUCUCUAUAUGACUUUGCAUUCCGUCAACCAACAUUGA